AUGGCAAGUACAAUUUUUGGGAUCUUUUGCCAUGGCUGGAAGUCCUAUUCAGAGUUUGGGAUCUUCUUCCUUGGAUCUCCCGGAUCUCCAAUCGCCGAGGCGUCGCUGUCCGCAGAGAAUCGCUUGUCCGGGCAUUUGGAGAGCUGCUGCCUGUCGAGAAAGCUGCGCGAGGACUCGCGGGCAAGUUACCAACGUUUGGGCGCCCAAGAGUCGUGGCGCAGCACCUUCCAGGAGAGCGGAGCGCUGCGGAGCGCACAGCCUGAUAUUGUAAAUCCUGAGGGCCACAAAAAUGCCCAAGAUUUGAUCAAUUUGCCAGACAAAGUGAUGAUUCCUGUGCUGCAGUCACGGAUCGAAGAAGUCCGCCAAUCCGUCAAGGAAGACAUGGCAGCGAGUGCCAUGAAUGCCUUCCAAGGACCAGUGAGUCGGAGCAAACCAGGCUCCCGAAAGUGUAAGCUUAUCACAGCCAUGGCAUUCUCCUGGAAACACCUCGUGGCGCUCUUCACCUUAUUGAGUGCUGGGAUUUCAUCCCCAGCUGUGCAGCCCAGGAACAGCACAGGGCUGCUGGUGAAGUCAAUGUCAAGAGGCUCCACUUUGCGUGUCAUCAAUGGCUGCAACGAGCCCAUGUGGAUUGCACAUUGUUGCAACUACAAGUACCGUCAGAACGUGAAGAUCGAGGCUGGUGCUUCCCACGACUUCCCGGCCUACGCUGGGCUCAUGGGCUUUCGCCUUUGGCCGAAGUUGAGGUGCAACUCCGAUGGCAAUGGCUGCCGCAUCGGCCAGAGCGGAGGCAAGGGGCAGCCCUGCGGCACGGACGGCAACUGGCGAUGCCAGGCGCAUAUUGAUACGAAGUUCGAAGCCAGUUUCGGUGGACGCCGUGAUUAUUUCGACAUGAGCCUAGUGGAUGGCUACACCCUGCCCUUCAAGCUGAAGCUUCGUGGCUGCUCCGUCAAGGGCGGCACCUUCUGGGAUUGCAACUCGGAGGAAGGGAUCGAUUUGCAGACGCUCAUCAAUGAGGUGGAUGGGCAUGACACCAAGGCGGCCCUUGUGGCUUUGAAGACGGAGAAGCAAGACAAGAAUCCGCGUUCUAUGAGCCCGGACCGUCAAACGAUCCAAGAUGCCCGGAGAAGAAGUGGUGGCUGUUGGUCCGUGGAAGGGAGGAGUGUUUGUGGCGGAGAUUCCAUUGAGCAAUUGGAGUUGUGCAUGGCGAAGGUCAUGGCCGACUUCCGAGCGCAGACGGAGGAGGCCGGUGGAGACCGGACGGCGUCCGGACGCCACGCGUUGCGGCGAGUGGAAAGACCCAAGGUGCUGAUGCAACACUUGGAUGCUUUGGAUGAAGUACAACAGUCCCAAGAGUUUGAAGUAGCAAAUCUCAUGGCAGAGGCUUUGCAGCAGGGAGUGCUGGGAAGGCCUCCUGCCCAGAACAACAGGAAGAGCACGAGGGCGCGAGGCAAGAAUCCAGAUCCAGGUGGGGCCUGGCAAGCUUUUAUGGCCUGGGUCCCCACGGGCGCAGCCAUGCAGAACCCGGAGCCCUGGAACCCUGGCUUUGCGAUGGGGAAGCCGAUGCCACAAAACGAGAUCGCUCAAGCGCAGCCACCACAAAGUGGGAAGAACCGACAGGUGCUGAAACGCAACGUGAGCGUUCUGCCGGGCUCUCCUUCAGAGGAACGCCCUGAGAGACCUGCGAAGGAAGACGGUGAUGACUCUGACUCAGACAGCGGACGAAGUACCAUUGCAGGGGAAGAGCAGUUCGAAUUGUUGGAGCUGUGGCGUGCGAACGAGAAGCAGAUGCGGAAGAUGAAGCGUGGGAGUCAGGCCGAGACGGAGAGUUCCAUGCCUUUUCGCGAAGAAGAGGAUGAAUAUCAAGAACCUCCUGCACAUGGCUGGGUGCUGAAUCCGGAUGGGACUCCUGGACGAUGUUGGGGAGUGGUUGGGGUGUUGGGGAAGAUUCGCAUCGGUUGGGACUUGGGAAGCUUAAUCAUGGUGCUCUAUGACAUGGUCAUGAUCCCCAUGCAGGCAUACGCGUUGCCUGAAAACCUCUUCUUGGACUUUAUGGAGUGGACGACACGCAUGUUUUGGACCUUCGACAUUUGCUUCUCGUGCUCGACUGGUGUGGUCCGUGCCGACGGAUCAGUGGAGUAUGACCUCAGGACCAUCUUGAAGCGCUAUGCCAAGACCUGGUUGGCCAUGGACUUGCUGAUUGUGUGCUCAGAUUGGUCGGAAGUGAUUUUCUCAUCUGGAGGCACUUCCAUGCUCACUUUGGCACGGAGUACCCGCAUCAUCCGUAUCGUGCGCUUGUUGCGCUUGGUGCGCAUGCAGGAGAUCAUUGCGAAUGUGACCGAGCGGAUCCAAUCGGAAGCCUUGGGCCCCGUGGUGCAGGUGACCAAGGUCACUGUGGUGUUGCUGACAAUAUCCCAUUUCACCGGAUGUCUUUGGUUUGCCAUCGGCAACCGUGAUUCAAGUGACACCUGGGUUGCAAAGGCAGAAUUGGCUACUGCAGGAGUGGAUGCACAGUAUUUGGCCUCCCUUCAUUGGGCUUUGACUCAGUUCUCAGGUGGCAUGGAUGAGAUAUAUCCAGCCUCGCCCAUUGAGCGGUUGUUCGCAGUGGUCAUUGGAUUGACAAUUUUUGUCAUUGCCUUGGUUUUGCUUGGCGUUUUCACCAGCGGACUUACUCAGCAGUACAUCAUCGGAGGAAGCGGGGCAAGACAGCUGGCCACCUUGAAGAGAUACCUCAAGCAGAACAAUGUGUCGAAGGUUAUUACCAAGCGCGUGUGCCGGAACGCCAAGCACGCGAUCUCGGGAGAUCUCACACCAGAAUCGGUGGAGCUCCUGACGGUGAUCUCCGAACCGCUGAAGGUGGAGUUGGCCUUCGACAUGUACUCGCAAGUGCUGAUGUGGGUUCCAUUCUUCUUGGACUUGCUGCAGGAGAACUCCCCUAUCAUGCGCCCUAUUUGUCAUCGUGCUAUGUCAAUGCUCCUCCUUUCGACCACGGAUGUGAUCUUCAGCAUGGGUGAAGAGCCUGCAGAGCCCAAGAUGUACAUCGUAGUCUCGGGAAGCUUGGAGUACACAGACUCCUAUGGAGAACUCGCACAGGUGACAGAGAAGGCCUAUGUGGCAGAGGCGGUCUUGUGGACCAACUGGAAGCAUCGAGGGACCUUGACGGCGGUGAGCGACGUGAAGUUGGCGAUGCUGGACGCACAGGGCUUCCGUGACAUUUGCCAACGCUUCAUGCGCCGCAGUGAGGCUGCUCUACGCAUCGCGCACCUUGCCAGCAGCGUGCAAACCCACACCAGCCCAACAUACUGA